AAAGAGGUUCAUUUCAAGAUGAUAAACAAGGAAGCAUUGAGAUUUCUUCCAUGAACCCUUUGGUUGCCUAUUAUACACAAUACCAAGUGGAUUGGUUGCCUUUAGCUAGUUUCAUUACUUCCAUAGGACAGUACGUUACUGACCAUCCCCGUUAUCGAUAAGCCGAAAACCUCAGUCACACCCAACAUUGAACCUCCCAUCAUCGUCACCACACCCAACAAUCAACCAUACACCCAUAACCUACAUCAAACUUACCAAAUCACACCUACCGCGCUUUCACAAAACCAACUACCUACCUAGUCAACACUCAAUCCCACAAUGCCUCCCUCACCAACCCCAGACGACCCAACACCACCACCACCAACCACAACCACAACCACCACCACCCCCUCACAACACCAACAACCCUCCUCCUCCUCCUCCUCCUCCCCCCGCCUCCCCGUCCAAACCCACCACUGCCGCUUCUGCAACCACCUCCUCCUCGCAACGACCCGCUCAAUCCCAUCUCUACCACGUCGCAAAUCCCCCGCAAAAGACGGGGCGAUAAUCCUCCCUCUUCCGCGCGACAACAGCACCGACGAUGAACAAUCGAGACAACAAAAACACUACACGAUUCUCCUUUCAACCACUAUCCCCGAUCGGAAACAUACCCUGGUGCGCAGGGAAGAUGGGUUCGAGAAGAGGUUGUUCCUUCGGUGUGGACGGUGUAGAGUUGUGAUGGGGUACUUUUUGGAUGAGGUGCAUUUUGGGAGGGUGAGUUCUACUAAUAGGGAAGGAGGGGAUGGGGAGGGAGAUGGGGAGGGGGAGAAGGCGAGGGUGGUGUAUUUGUUGCCUGGGGCGCUGGUGGAGACGGGGGUUAUGAUGCGGGAUGAGGAGUUGGAGAGGGUGGUGAAGGGGUUGGAUAGGGAGUGGGUGGGGUGGUUGGAGGGAUAA